GCAGCGAGGAAUGAUGUGGGAGCGCAAGUUGGGUUCUGUCCCCUAGGUCCUCGCUCUCCGUAUAAAAGGCAUCGCGGCUCCCAAUCCCUUCCGUCUCCUCCCCGUCGGGCGAAGAGAGUGACGAGGGAGGCGGCAUCUCUUCUCGGCCCUCUCCAGCCUGUAAACAAGUAACCAUACAAGAUGUUGAAUGAGUAGCUUGUCAUGAUUAUCAACUUUAUGAAGUAUUGAAGAUCAAAGAUAUAAGAAGCAUGUUUGCAGCCAAUCUAGAUAUUCUGUUCUCGGUUCAGCAAAUUAAAUUGAGAACCCUGGAACAAAGAAUCUCUAUAAACAUCAUCCUCAUUUUAAGCAGUAAAGACAAAUAUAAGAAAAGGUCGGCUCUUUGGCAUUCCAAAAUGGCAGACGAACUGCAUCCUCCAUCUAUAGUACAGAAGAUACAUGGGCAAUCGUACUUGUUCUCUAGACUGUCACAGGCCAGGAACACCAGCAUCCACUACUUUCCUGGCAUUUAUGUCAAUGGGGGCCUGAAGAGCCCUUGGCUGAAAUCAUACCACAGCAAUAAUGGAGCCCUUGGUCUCUCGUCUCUCUCACCUCUUUCCCCCAUCUCUGCUUUUGCCCCACAGGAGAAGGGUAUUUCAGGAUUUCUUACAGAUUUUCUCAUGGGAGGAGUUUCUGCUGCUGUCUCCAAAACAGCAGCUGCUCCAAUCGAGCGGGUGAAACUCUUAAUUCAGAACCAGGAUGAGAUGAUUAAAACUGGCCGGCUCUCUGAACCCUACAAGGGAAUUGGAGACUGUUUUGCCCGAACCAUCAAAAAUGAAGGCUUUGUUUCAUUGUGGCGAGGAAAUACUGCAAAUGUUAUCCGUUAUUUUCCUACUCAGGCCCUGAACUUUGCUUUCAAGGAUUAUUUUAAGCGUAUGUUUAACUUUAAGAAAGAUAGAGAUGGGUAUUGGAAAUGGUUUGCCGGUAACUUGUUAUCUGGAGGUGCAGCUGGUGCUUCAUCUCUCCUCUUUGUGUAUUCUCUGGAUUAUGCUAGGACCCGUCUAGCCAAUGAUGCCAAGGCUGCAAAGAAGGGAGGUGAAAGGCAGUUCAAUGGUCUGCUUGAUGUUUACAGGAAAACCCUAAAAUCUGAUGGUGUUGCAGGGCUCUAUCGGGGCUUCAACAUCUCUUGUGUUGGUAUCAUUGUUUAUCGUGGGCUUUACUUUGGAAUGUAUGAUUCUUUAAAACCAGUGGUGCUGGUUGGCGCCUUGCAGGAUAAUUUCUUUGCCAGUUUCUUGCUUGGAUGGGGAAUCACUAUUGGUGCUGGUCUUGCCUCCUACCCUAUCGACACUGUUCGCAGAAGGAUGAUGAUGACAUCUGGGGAGGCUGUCAAGUACCGUAGCUCAUUAGAUGCAUUCUCACAAAUCUUGAAAAAUGAGGGAGCUAAAUCCCUGUUCAAGGGUGCUGGUGCGAAUAUCUUGCGUGCAGUGGCUGGUGCUGGUGUUCUGGCAGGUUAUGACAAGCUGCAGGUCCUGGUCUUUGGAAAGAAGUAUGGGUCUGGUGGUGGUGGCUAAUUCCAUUUCUCGAGUUGCAGAUGUCUAGAGUUCGAUGAUGAAGAACAAGACUACAAGAGUAUUAGGUGUCUGUGCUUCCUUUCUGAUUCUAGUUUAAAGUAAUGUUGACGGAUGAACACCCCUUUAUGGACUCCUGGAGAUGCAUGAAUUAUGGACUGUGUUGCUUGUUCUGCCUCUUCUUUGGUUAAAAGAGGGAAUUAAAAUGUAUUAUUGCGUAAUUAUGUAUAUGAUCUUGUCAAUCUUGUAUGUUGAAUUGUCCAGAACAUGAUUGCGUCAUUUUAAAUUGGAGUGUUUUCUUCUUGA